UACUAGGAAGGUAGUUUGCAGUUCUAUUAUUUACUGAUCAUCUCAAGACAAAGACAUUUACAAACAUAAUUGGCUUAGAAAUGUUUAUUUAAUGUUUUAAAGGUAAAAUGAUAGAAAAUAGGAUAUUUUAUAAGUUAUAUGCCCUAGGUUUGUUAAAAGAAUGCACACCACACGUUUCAAUUAAAUAUCAAUCGGUAAGCACAGCUGUAUGGAAUUGCUAUAUAAUUUUCUAAAAUAAACGUUUAAAAGUUGUCUAAUCACAACAGUUAAUAAUCGAUUAAAACUAAAAAUCAGUUAUAGCUAAAAAAACAAUGUAGCUAGGUCUGGGCUUUUACUGUGACGCGUCACAAAGCGCCGCCUUCAUUUCUGCGUGUUUCCACUAGGUCCUGUAGGCAGCUUGAAAGUCCUGUUUCACUUCUCUGUUAUUUUCACUCUGUUUUGCAGACUGAAAUCAUGUCAGGAAGAGGAAAAGGCGGUAAAGGACUCGGUAAAGGAGGCGCUAAGCGUCAUCGCAAGGUUUUGCGUGAUAACAUCCAGGGAAUCACCAAACCCGCCAUCCGUCGUCUCGCUCGUCGUGGUGGUGUCAAGCGUAUCUCCGGUCUGAUCUAUGAGGAGACUCGCGUGUUGAAGGUGUUUUUGGAGAACGUUAUUCGUGACGCCGUCACCUACACUGAACACGCCAAGAGAAAGACCGUCACCGCCAUGGAUGUCGUCUAUGCUCUGAAGCGUCAGGGUCGCACUCUGUACGGUUUCGGAGGUUAAAUGUCUGAAGUUCUUCACAAACCUAAACGGCUCUUUUAAGAGCCACCCACAUUAUCACAUUAAGAGAUGAAAUCUAUGCAGUAUUACUGUUUUGUGUUUUUGGAAAUGGUCUUUGCGAUAUGAGGAUUGUUUCAUUCUAAUUAACUCGCAAAAUACAGGUAGGUUAAUUUGGUGGUAUUGAAGCGCUUUGCUUUCAUGUUUUUUUCUAAAAGAGUCUUCACGUACUGCCCAAAUAGAAAGUUAUAAUUUAAGUGGGAU